AUGUCGAAAGCUAAAGGAUGCGAGCGGGACGAAGAGAACCACUUGUUCCAGGCACAGGUAAACAUCACGGAGGGCCAAGCCAUUGGUACUGACAAGUCGAUGACAACGUUUUGGGAGCGGGUUCACCGCGCUUUCGUUGAGCUCGAAGGAGGCACAACUGCGCGUAACGCGAACGCCCUUCAAACCCAUUGGCCAACCACAAUCAGACCAGACGUCACACUAUACGCCUCUCUGCACACUAUUUGGAGCAUCAUAGCAGCUGGUCAGAUGAAGACUAUGCACAUGAGGGGGCACUUCGCUUCACAGCAAGAAGAGCAGGCUAACGAGAAUGCUUUGCAUGAGUAG